AUGCAGUUCAAGAACAUCAUCCUCACCCCCCUCGUCGCCGCUGGCAUCGCCUCUGCCGCUCCCAACCCUGACGUCGAGGUCUUCCAGGCCGUCGCUCUCCGCUCUGCCAGCGCCGUCCACCACGCCUCUCUCCAGGCCUCCAACAACAGCCUCUUCCUGAAUCUCAAGGACCAAGGCGCCUCUUGCGACCGCGGCGUCAAGGAGGACGCUGCUACCUUCUCCAUCGACAAGAAGACCGGCGAGGUCCUCCUCUACUCCACCAGCAACCCCCGCCAGCAGCUCUUCACCGACCGCUCCGGCAUGGGCCAGGGUGUUCUCCAGUACCGAACUGGCGCUCAGCCUCUCUGCACCCGCUGCGAGGAGACCAGGUGGGCUAUCAACGAGGACGGUCACCUCCAGUACGAUGGCGAGGACUUCCGCGCCUGCCCUCUGGAGGACGGUUCUUACUCUGUCAGGAUCAACACUGGUGUUGACAACCCCGCUGGUAACAAGGACUGCAUUCCUUUCAGCCUCAUCACCUCAAAGGUCGCCGAGCCCGUUGGCUGCCUCUACACCCAGCAGGGCCAGUAA